CUUCGUCUUAUUUGGGGUGGCCUCUUCAGGCCCGCCCGCUGUUGGAGCAGAGUUGCGCAUGCGCUGCGUGUCCCGCGUCGUAGGGCCUAAGCCUCUCUGGACUGCGGGGCGGGGUCUGGUGCCGUCUGACGCGGGGUACCGGCUGCAGGAAUGGACAUGGCGGCCGGCCAUGCCGGGUCCGUGCUGGCCGCCCUGGGGGUACUCAGUGUGUGUUCAGCCAGCGGUCCUGGGCCUGUGGCGGAGGGCGAGGCCGGUGGGGAGGCGGCAUGGGCGGAACCGUGGGACGGCGCAGUGUUCCGGCCGCCCUCAGCGCUGGGCGCAGUAGGGGUGGCGCACCGGCCUGGAACCCCGCAGUCGGGGCCGGAGGAGGCUGUGAACUUGCCGGUGCUGCUGUGGUGGAGCCCGGGGCUGUUUCCCCAUUUCCCCGGCGACUCAGAGCGCAUAGAGUGCGCGCGCGGCGCGUGCGUGGCGUCCCGGGAUCAACGGGUGCGGGCGGACUCACGAACGCGGGCCCUGCUCUUCUACGGCACCGACUUCCGCGCGUCAGAGGCGCCGCUCCCCCGCCUAGCGCACCAGAGCUGGGUACUCUUGCACGAGGAGUCGCCUCUCAACAAUUUCCUGCUGAGCCACGGCCCGGGCAUUCGCCUCUUCAAUCUCACCGCCACCUUCAGCCGCCACUCGGACUACCCGCUGCCACUGCAGUGGCUGCCCGGGGCCGCCUACCUGCGCCGCGCGGCGCCUCCACUCUACGAGCGCACGGAGUGGCGUCGCUCCGGCUACGCGCCGGUGCUCUACCUGCAGUCCCACUGCGACGUGCCCGCAGACCGCGACCGCUACGUGCGCGAGCUCAUGCGCUACAUCCGGGUGGACUCGUACGGGAAGUGCCUACAGAAUAAGGAGCUGCCAACCGCGCGGUUGCAAGACACAUCCACAGCCACUACCGAGGAUCCUGAGCUCUUGGCCUUCUUGUCCCGCUAUAAGUUCCACUUGGCCCUGGAAAACGCCAUCUGCAACGACUACAUGACCGAAAAACUCUGGCGCCCCAUGCACCUGGGAGCUGUGCCCGUGUACCGCGGCUCCCCCUCUGUGAGGGACUGGAUGCCCAACAACCACUCCAUCAUCCUUAUCGACGACUUUGAGUCCCCUCAGAAAUUGGCGGAGUUUAUUGACUUUCUGGACAAGAAUGAUGAGGAAUAUAUGAAAUACCUGGCAUACAAGCAACCCGGGGGCAUCACCAACCAGUUCCUCCUGGAUAGCCUGAAGCAGCGGGAGUGGGGAGUGAACGACCCUCUACUUCCUAACUACCUUAACGGCUUCGAAUGUUUUGUCUGUGACCAUGAACUGGCUCGGCUAGAAGCUGAGAAGGCCCAUGCUGCUUCUCUCAGUGACGUCCCUGUCCCUGAACCUCACAUUGCCCAGCCCUCACACAUGGACUGCCCGGUGCCUACACCUGGCUUUGGCAACGUGGCAGAGAUUCCUGAGAAUGACAGCUGGAAGGAGAUGUGGUUGCAAGAUUACUGGCAAGGUCUGUACCAGGGGGAAGCCCUGACUGCCAUGAUCUACAACAAUGAAACACAGCAGAGCAAAUUUUGGGAUUACCUACAUGAGAUCUUCAUGAAAAGGAACCAAAAUCUCUAAUCUUUAUCUUGGAAUACUGAAGAUCUUAUUCCACCAUGGCACAUAAAGAGCAUCCACUGCACAAGUCUUUAAUAAACACUGUCUUAUCAUGGAUUCAGUUAUAUCCUCCAAUAUUGUAUCUUAAUGAUGUGUAGUAAAGUCUCAGCCUGUGAUAAAAGAGCUUCUCCUCCAGGAGAGAGAAGCAUCUAGGUCUUGGUUCAGUGGGAAACAGAAGCCUGAAACACUCACUGUCCCAAUGGAGUUUUUCAAAGACUGCUCACUUCUCUAGCUGUUUCAUCCUCUCAGUUGUGAGGUAAGGUGGGCCAGGUUACACCUUAAAACUUCUGUUUUAUUCACCAAAUCCUUUCUCCAAUAAUCUCUUCAUCAGCUUUAUGAACUGUUACUUUGGUAGAAAGGCAAAAUCUCUGCUGGGCUUUAUUUGUUUGUGAGAUAGGGUGUCAUUAUAUUGCCAGCCUGGCUUCCAAUUCCUGGCCUUACGCAGUCCUCCCAUCUCCUCCUCUGCAUAUGCAUAGGUGGGACUAUAGGUGCAUACCAGGGCACUUGGCUCAUAGGUUUGUGUUUUUUAUAUUAAUUGCCUUUUGUGUCAAUUUUGUUGUUGUUGUUUUUGGUACUGGGGAUCGAGGCAGGCACCGGAACCACUGAGCUAAAUCCCCAGCCCUGUUGUUAUUGUUUUUGAGACAGCAUCUUUCUAUGUAGUUCAGGCUGGCUUGAACUCAAGGUGAUCCUCCUGCUUCAGCCUCCCAAGUCCUGAGAUUACAGUCAUAUGCCACCAUGCCCAGCUUGUUUUUAUUUUAAAUGGCUUUUUCUUUUUGGUUUUAGACCUCUUCUCCCAAUUUCAGAUGGAGAUACACAAAUCUUGCCGUCAUUCUUACUGCUAGUUUGCUUUGUAUUUAGGUUACAUCGGAUUUCUUCUCAUCUCAUAAAUGGGUUCAACAGCUAAUAUAUCUCAUGUCAAUUUAACAAAGUGUCCUAUUUUGUUUUAGAUUUAAGAAUUUGGCAGAAAAAGUUGAUGAACAGUCCAACUUACACAUAUUCUUCUAUACAAUGUUAUGUUACUGAGACUUACUUUUUGAUGGAGCCCCCCAUGGUCCUAAACUCAAAGAGAAGGCAAGGCAAGAGGUUUAAAGCCACCACAAGUGACUGGCCAAAUAAAAGCCUUAGUGGACUUGGGGAUGCUGCCAAACUCUUCUAUUGAUCCAGUUUAAGCAUACAGCCUAAUGAUUGACACCAUGACCUUUUUCUCAUGGGAUAGUGGAACAAGAAAGGAUCCCUUGGAGCUUAGAGCCACUCUCGUUGUAAGGUAUUAAUGAAUUAUCACUGGAGAAGUUCCAUAGCUUAUCAGUAUAUCUGAUUGUAAAUUUAUAUAUCUGUAUAUCCAUAUCUGUGUCUGUACACACAUACACAUGCACAUAUAUAGAGAGAUGGAUGCAUGUUAGAUGCUUCAACAACUAAGGUCCAUGCUUAAUAUUGUGACACCUAAGGAUAUGAACAAGAAAAGCUAUAGUUUAGGCUGGAUUUCAUUGCCUUUCUUCAUUUCAUUUUUUUUGUGUGUGUGGUGGUGGGGAUUAAACCCAGGGCUUGUACAUGCUAAGUACAUGCUCUGCCUUGAACUACAUACCUAGCCUUUGAUUUUAUUCAAUAAAAGAUGUCCUUCAUAAUAGCA